GAUUCUUCUUCCCUUGUUUGCUCUUGAAAUUCUACACAGUUAUAGAUUAUUGGGGUUGCUUCAUUUUGAGAGAAAACAAAAAGAAGAAGAAAAAUCUUUCUGCGUUGAGUAAUCGAAGCUCGAGUGUUUGUUGUUUUGUAUCAAUUAGAAAGUUACUGCGUUUUAGUUCUGAUAUCCAAUCUGUGUUCUUGAAAUGAAGCGUUCUGGAACAGAUAAGGAUUAUAAAGCUAAAGAAAUUGUAAAGGAUAAGAAUGGGAUUGAUCAAAUUUAUCUUCGAAAUCGACGUGGUUUCUCUGUUCAAGUUAGCCUGAAUGGAGGACAGGUUCUUUCAUGGAAGACUGACCGUAAUGAAGAAUUACUUUUUAUAAGCAGAAGGGCAACACCAACAGCUGUGAUGGGAGGGAUUCACAUUCGUUUUCCUGAGUUUGGAAAUGGAAGCGCCCUUGAGAAACAUGGAUUUUCCAGAAAUAGGAUGUGGGUCAUUGACAAUAAUCCUCCCCCACUGCAGUCAAAUCAUUCCAAUGACAAAACAUAUAUCGACUUACUAGCUGAAUUAUCCACCGGGCCUCAUAAUUUUGAAUUCCGCCUGAGAGUGGCUUUGGCUUUAGAUGGAUCUCUUGCCCUGACAUCACGCAUCAGGAAUAUCAGUUCCAAGAAUUUUAGCUUCUACAUUGCUCACCAAACUUAUUUUUCUGUCUCAGAUAUCAGUUACUGUUCAGUGGAUCGAGUUUAUCUUAGUUCAGUUGGACAGAUACAAGUUGUCGCUCACAAUCCCAUGAACAAGAGGACUUUUCUGAUAAAGAAAGAAGUACUUCCUGAUGUUGUGGUUUGGAAUCCAUGGAAGGAGAGAUCUAAUGCCACAGCAGAUCUUGGAGCUGAAGAGUACAAGCAUAUGGUUUGUGUAGGCAGUGCAGCUAUUGAGAAACCAAUCCCUUUGAAGCCAGGUGAAGAAUGGACCGGAAAGUUGGAACUGUCUUUCAAACAAUCGAGUUGAAGGAUCACUCGAUAUCACUUGUUUUGUACACAACACAACCUAAUUAGUGAACGUAUGACCUCCUUAAUAUCGAUGAUUCUUUUAGUAGUGUACUUAGAUGAUUGAUGGUUAAAAGUUGCAAUAGAC